GAACCAAACGCGUCCUAAAACCGAACUAGUUUGAGGAACAUUCUUAACCAAAAACCUCACAAAAACCCCGAGUCACACUUCACUCAGAGUCUCACACGCUACUCGUUCUGAACACAACUCUUCUUCACAAUCACCAUCAUGUUUCGCAUAGCAUCAUCGAGGUUAUCCUCAAGAGCUGCUUCUUCUUCUGUUUCUUCCACCGCAUCAUUUCUUGCGUCUCUCACUGCAAAACCAUCUCCCGUUUCACUCACACCUCUUGCUGCGACGUCGUUUAGGUCAUACGGCAAUGGCUUGGAGCUCGACAAGUCCAUGGCCAAUCCCGAUGCUAUUAAUAUGAUCAAUUACGCUUUAAACCAAGCUAGGACCGACAAAUCAUUUGGGUCGUACGGACUAGGUUUGCUUGUGUUGAAGCACUGCCUUACGAUUGAGUUAACUGAAGGCAAAGACCCCAAAAAUGAGAAUUCUAAAGGGAUUGCUUUGCUUGCUAUGUCCACCUUGGAAUAUGAAAGGGGAGAGUAUGAUAUUGCAUUGGAGAAGCUACAGAGUAUUCACGAAUUAACCAAUGCUUACUUGGGUGUUAGAGUUGCUGCCCUUGAGGCUGAGGCUGGUCUUUAUCUAGAGUUGGGGCAGGAUGAUAAGGCGUCUGCAAUUGCUGAUAAAUGUGUAGAGGUUGUCCAGAAACAGAAAACAGAUGAUGAUGAUGAUGAUUUUAAGGCUCUAAUUCUUCGUGCUAAAGCACUGAAGGGGCUGAUUGAGCUUGUCAAGGGAAGUAUCGAAUCAGCUGUCCCUUUUUUUGACAAAUCUCUCCAGCUCAGCAACGGUACUGCUGCUCUAUCAUAUGGAGAAUUCCUAUACCUUGGGCAAAACUAUUCAAUGGCGAAAGAGGUUUACACGAGUGUCCUAAAAGGAGCUUCCGACAUAAAAAAAUUUGGCAAUCCAUAUUUAGGAGCUUGUAACAUGAACUUGGAGGGUUUAAUGAUGGGGGCACUGUGUGCUCUAGGGCAGCUUGAAACAUAUCAGGGGAACUAUGGUAAUGCAGAGAAGGCUUUGACACAGGCAUUAACAUUGGCAGAGGAAACCUAUGGUGAAAAGCAUCCCAAGGUGGGCGUUGUCUUAACAAGCAUAGCCCUCAUGUACAGGCGUAGAGCAAUGGAGGAGCGUACAAGCUCUCUGUUGGUUCAAGAGGGUCUCUACAGAAAAGUGAUAGAUAUCUUGAAGGUUACAGAAACUGAGUCUGAAGGUUCUGCACCAGUGGUAGAAAGAAGUGAUAUAGCAGCUAUUGCACGAGGUGGCUAUGCAGAAAUACUCAAUGUCCAAGAAAAUCGCAAGAGCGAAGGAGAGAAGCUAAAGAAGUUGGCUGAGACUAUAUGGAAAAACCGCAGGCUGACUCUUGAUGAGGCGCUACUAGAUCUAGAGUCUACCAAAAUCUCAAUCAUCGAUCCAAGAAUCAGCAGGAUAUUGUAAAUUGAUCCAUCUUCUGUUUUCUAUUUUCCUGCCACAGGUUGAUUAUGCCAUAUGACAAAGUUGGACUACUUUUUCAUAAAAUUAGACCAUAAUGUUGCUUGUAGCUUAAAUCUGAUGCCAGGAUAUACAAUGGUAUCUAGACCUCCGUAUAUAGCAUUUUCUAGGCUAGGCAUAUAAAUAACAAGUUACUGAACUAUUGAUUGAGGCCUUUUUUUUU